AUGACAGGCAGUAGCCAGCCUGCACCCAUGACCUCCCUCGGGGAUGACGGGUACGCGCGCACCAUCGACCGACUGCGCGAGAUUGGCGUGGCAGAUCAUGUGGCGCUGCCGCAGCUUGUCGUCGUCGGCGACCAGUCUUCUGGCAAGAGCUCCGUCCUCGAGAGCGUCACGGGCUUUGCCUUCCCUCGUGCGCCAGAGCUCUGCACAAGAUACGCGACACAGAUCACCUGCCGCCGUGAUGACUUCGAGAAUGUGGUCAUCAGCAUCAUUCCUGCCACAAACUCCAGCAACGCCCGGAAGGAGAAGCUCUUGGGUUUUCGAUGCUCGACCGGCAAGAGCAAAGUCAACCUGGCUAAUGCCUUCAGUGAGGCAAACAAGGUUAUGGGAAUUCGAGAGAAAGCCGUUUCCGGCUUUGGCGAUGGAACAGCAACCUUCGCAGAAGACACGCUGAAAAUCGAGAUCAGUGGGCCUAAUCAAAACCAUCUGACCGUAAUUGAUGUGCCUGGCAUCUUCAGAACGGCGACCUAUGGAUGGACCACGGACGAGGACAUCGUCUUGGUCAAGAACAUGGUCCAAAGCUAUAUGAAAAGCCCGAGAACCAUUAUUCUGGCUGUAGUCCCCUGCAAUGUCGACAUCGCCACCCAAGAGAUCCUCACCAUGGCAAAAGCAUUCGACCCUGAGGGCGUCCGGACGAUGGGUGUUCUCACAAAGCCUGACCUUGCAACCGAGCGAGCAACGCAACAAAUUGUCUGUGAGCUCGUUGAAGGAAAGCGAUUCCCACUGCGUCUCGGAUACUGCGUCGUGAAGAAUCGCGGUUCAGACGACAACAAGUCGACAUUGGGAGAAAGAAACUCCUCUGAAAAGGUGUUCUUCUCUGUAUCGCCCUGGGCGAGACUUCGAUGCACCAAGAGAGUCGGCGUUGAAUGCUUGAGUCUUCGACUUCGCCAUCUCCUGCGGGAUGUCUCAAAGAAGGAAUUCAAGAACGUUGCGGUUGAAGUCGAGCGUCAGCUCUGGACCACGAGCAAGGCAUUGGAAGCGAUGGGCCCACCGAGAGACAGGCCUGAGAGUCAACGGCGAUACUUGGGACAGCUGAGCUCAGACUUCCAGGACGUUGUCCGACGAGCCCGGGAUGGCCACUACAGCGGGAUGGAGAUAUUCGACAACAACCAACAGCUCCGACUGAUUACCAACGUCGUCGCUCUUCAGGAGACCUUCAACGACACCUUUGAGAAACGCGGCCAUACUAGACUUUUUGAGGGAACGCAGCGACAGCGAAUCUCCGGAACCCCCCCUGUCUUGCAAAUACUCGAGUCCUGUCAAGGAAGCGAGAUGGAAGGCAUCAUGCAGGAUUUGCAUGGAAUCUUGAGAGAGCUCAAUUACGGAUGCCCUGAACCUCGUACGGAUUCUUUACUGGUACAGAUCGAGAUCGCCUUCAGAAGAACCCGUGGACCCGAGCUUGGAACGUUUGGUGGCUCUGUCCUGGGCGAGGUCUUCAGAGAGCAAGCCAGAAGUUGGGCGCCUCUGGUUCUUCAACAUACCAGCCGAGCGAUUGUGCUUGUUCACAUGUUCAUCACCCGGCUGCUUGCUCUGAAGUUUCCUGACGUCACCUUCCGCACCAACAUAUUCAACAGACUUCUCAAAGACAAGCUUAGAGCCGCUUACCAACGUGCAAUCAACCAUGUCGAGUUUCUCAUUGACGUCGAGUUGAACGGCCAGCCCUACACGUUGAACCACUACUUCAACAGCAAUCUCCAAGCAGCCCAGGCUUCGAGGCUCAAGCAAACACUCCAGAAGGUCAUCGGCAGCAAAGAGUCCUGGAUGAUACCCAGGAGUCAGGGUGACCGCUCGAACGCCGAACAGGUCCGGGUCGACAUUCACGAUAUCCUGUUCAGCUACUACAAGGUUGCGCGUAAGCGCUUUAUGGAUGUCAUCUGCCAACAGGUUGUCUUCCACUUUCUCCUCGACGCUAAAGAUGGUCCUCUUCAGAUCUUUUGCCCUGAUCUUAUCAUGGGCCUCGAAGACAGCCAGCUACGACUCAUUGCAGGAGAAGAUUCCAGUACGAGAGAAGCGCGCGAGAAUCUCACCCAAAACAUUGAAGUUUUGAGAACGGCGGCGGAGGAGUUGAGGAAUGGUUCCUCAUGA